AUGCGGCCACCAAUCAGGGAACCUGUUUUCCUGAAGCUCUCUGGGCUGGGCAGCCACUCACCUUGGUACUUUCUUGAAGACGACGAAAAGGAUCAUUUGAAGGGCACUACAGGCUUUGCACGUGAGGUCAGACCAAAGCUCGACGAGACUGACUGGCAUAUAAUGCGACAAUGGGUAGAUGGAUGCCUUGAACGACAUCAAUCUCAUUGCCCAUGCCGAGAUUCAUUUGACGUGCCCGGAUUCAAGGUCAUUGACUGCAGGACUCGAAAGCUUGUGCCUUGGCACCCAGAGACGAAAUUCGCGGCUCUGAGCUAUGUUUGGGGUUCUCCUGGAACUGCGCCAGACCAAAAAGUAGAAUUCACGCAUAUCGCGCGAGACCGGAAUGUCUUGCCGAAAUUCACAGAAAAUGUUAUCGAAGAUGCACUGGUAUGCGCAUCCAAGCUCAAUAUACCAUAUCUCUGGGUAGACCGAUAUUGCAUCGACCAGGAAGAUACACAUGACAAACGGAAACACGACGAAAAGCAGCGUCUUAUUCAGAGUAUGGACCAAAUCUAUUCCAGCGCCACGGUGACAAUUAUCGCCGCGGCCGGAAUCGACGCAUCCGCCGGGCUUCCAGGUGUUUCAAAAUCUCGGCAUUUCUCACCCCAGAGCAGAAUAGUUCUGGGCAGCCACAAAAUGAUAUCUGUUGUUAACCCUAACGACGAUAUACGCACAAGCAAGUGGGCUACGCGGGGCUGGACUCUACAAGAAGGUUUAUUGGCCCGUCGAAGACUGGUAUUUACUGAUACACGAGUUUUGUUCCAGUGCACUCAAAGUCACUAUAUAGAAGGCCUUUCGGGGGAGUUCGACUCAUGCCAAGAGAAAGACUACGAACUGGAUUUCUAUCCGCGAUUAGCCACACGAGCCUUCCCAAACUCAGUUAUAGGGUCCGAUACGCCAAGUUCCUCUAUCGCAAGCGUUUGCCAUGACUUUACAAGCAGAGACCUUACGAAUGACGAAGAUGCUUUAAAAGCAUGUUUGGGGAUCUUCUCGCGAUUCUGGACGAGCGAAAAGCCAGAAUAUCAAUACUGGGGCUUGCCUUUCAAAGCAAAAUCGAACGAUGCCUUUGUCUUGUCGCUGCUUUGGAAGGUAGACCCUCACCGCUACCAGUACCCCGAAACAUACGGUCUAAUACCAUUCAGGCGUGGCUGUGCUCCUUCUUGGAGCUGGCUCGGUUGGAGGGGGGAAAUGGGCUUCUAUCACAGAUAUCGGCAGGAGGACUGUGCCCAAUCCCAACUAUGCGUCGACAUCAAGAUCCCCAGACAUCAAGAGCAAGCCCUCAUGUCUACUAUUAGUGACUAUAUAGAGCAUAUUGAUGGAGGCGGGCUUUAUCAAGAGUGGCUCCCGUAUCUGAGACUUUCCGGCUGGAUUGCAACCUUGCGCUUCGAGACACAUCGAGGCGAUUUCAAUACUUUCGACGGCUACGUCAAAUGUUAUCUCCCGUUGGGUCAAAGCGAUAUAGGAGAAGGUCAGAUAUUGCCGCCAAUGUGGGCCAAUGUCUUGGAAAACGAGAAGGGAUUCAACCCAUCGAGGUUGCUGGACGUCAUACUGAUCACACACGACGGCGACACAAGUCGCGUCUACUGUUUGGCCAUCCAUCCUGUCGAAGGAAAAACAGACACGUAUGAGCGAUUGGGAGUGUGUGAAGUGUAUUGUGAUUCGCCCGAGAUUAAGGAAAUCCAAAACACGUCUUACUUAAUCGCCAGAGGGGGCCAGUCUUGGGAGAGGAGGGACUUGGAAUGUAGAUUCAAGACUAUCACCCUCGUUUAG